AUGGGGGAAUCCAGUCACAGUAUCCCUGUCCAGGUCGGUAGUAAUCGCCCAGGCCCCCACCCUUCAUCGUCUAGAAGACCGGUAGAUCAUCCAGAAUGGCAUAUUCAGUCUCCGACCGGAUACACGGCGGGAACGAACCUCCUAGGUGAGCCCUGGCAAACCGACCGCCCAUUCAAAGUGAUCGUUAUUGGUGCUGGUGCUGCAGGCAUUGAUUUUCUACAUCAUGCAUCGAAUGAAUUGGCAGAUUUGAAUAUUGAGGUCAAAUGUUUUGAAAAGAACACUGAUGUGGGCGGUACAUGGUUUGAAAAUCGGUAUCCUGGCUGUGCCUGCGAUGGCCCAUCCCCCAGUUACCAAUUUGCUUGGAGACCGAAUCCAGAUUGGUCGAAAUAUUAUUGCAGUUCCCCAGAGAUAUGGCAAUAUCUCAAAGGUAUUGUUCUCGAUGAAGGUUUGGAUCGAUAUAUCCAACUUCGAACUGAAGUCACUGAGGCGAGAUGGGAUGACAAGAUCGGGAGGUGGGUAUUGACACUAUGCCGGGCGGAUGAUUCAGCUUCGUGGAAAGAGCAUUGCGAUGUGCUUUUGAAUGGCACGGGAUUCCUGAAUGCUUGGAAAUGGCCAACCAUUCCUGGUCUACAUUCCUUUCAAGGGCGUCUUUUCCACACAGCUCGAUACGAAGAAGGGUUUGACCUCAAAGACAAACGAGUCGCCAUAAUUGGAUCCGGUAGCUCUGGCGUCCAGGCAGUAGCUUCUGUUUACUCAGAUGUAUCGAAGCUUUAUACCUGGGUACGCAGCCCUACUUGGAUUACGGCGGGAUUUGCACAGAAAUACGCUGGCAAGGAUGGCGCAAAUUUUGAGUAUUCCGAGAAAGAAAAGUCCGAAUGGCGUCAAGAUCCUGAGAAAUACCGUGAAUACAGGAAGAUGAUCGAGGAUGAAAUCAAUCUACGGUACCGGGCGGUUUUACGCAAUACUGCUGAAUCUCAAAAGGGCGCCGAGUUCUCAUAUAGCGAGAUGCAUAAAAAGCUCGGCGGGGAUGCUCGCCUUGUGGACAAAAUUAUCCCGAAAGACUUCAACGUCGGGUGCCGGCGCCCAACCCCGGGAAAUGGCUAUCUUGAAGCACUUGUAGGAGAAAAGACUACUGUUUUUACCGAUACAAUCAAAGAAAUCAGACCAAAGGGCUUUCGGAGCCAGUCUGGACAAGAGCAUGAGUGCGAUGUUAUUAUAUGUGCCACUGGCUUCGACACCUCUUAUCGUCCUCGAUUCCCUGUCAUUGGAUUGAAUGGUGUCCGGCUUAGCGAGCGCUGGGCCGAGAUCCCUGAAUCCUACCUUGGGAUCGCAGCUCCGGACAUGCCAAAUUACUUUAUGUUCACAGGGCCAUUCACGCCUGUAGCACAAGGCGCCAUUUUGCCCAUCUUAACCGCAAUGAGCAAUUAUUUUAUGCAACUAAUCAAGAAGAUGUAUCUGCAUCAUAUCCGCCGUGUCAUACCUAAGGACUCUGUGAUUCAGGACUUCAUGGAACAUGCUCGUGUCUAUCUGCCUCGUACCUGUUGGGCAGAUCCUUGUACCAGCUGGUUUAAACAAGGUAGACCAGAUGGGCCGAUCGUUAUGUGGCCAGGUUCCCGACUGGCUUUCUUUGAGGCAGUCAAGGAACCUCUUUGGGAAGAUUUUGAUAUCCAGUAUCAUUCAAAAAAUCGAUUCGGGUUCUUGGGCAGUGGAUUUGCUAAAUAUGAAUUUGGAAGUGCGGGCGAGAGUUCUCCGUAUUUAAAUGGAGAGUUCGUACAUACUCGGCCAAAGAAGGAGGUGGAGUGUAUGAUUGAGAGCAGCAAGCAAAACAGUGAUGAUAAGACGUUGUCUUGA